UGUGGUUGUGGAGCAUGCCAUCCACUCCAAUUGGCCCUCUUUGAAAGAGAUGGCAGUACAUAUAGUACAGGAUGAUCGUCCUUAAUUAACAUUUUGGUGGCGAUCAUCAAGCUCAUUUGUGACAAGCUCCGCAACACCUUUAUGAUGGGCAUUUCUUUGAUAUUCCAAUUACUGUUAGCGUCCAGCGCUGCCGCCAUUGAUAUUCCUACUACGCCCACAUGGCCAUCGGGACGCUGUACCGACAAAUCUCUUACCAUUCCCUCGUGGACAAUCAAAGAUUACGUGGUCAAGGGAGGCGUUGCUACUUUUCAAGUAGAAAACAGAGCUUCUGCUUCCACUGACUGCUGCUCCUUCAUAACAUGCUCCCCUGGUAAAGAAAAGUGUGAUGGUUCCGCCGGAAGUUCUGGAAAGACGGUCACGUGGAAAAAGGGAGCCGACGGAAUCAACGUAAUCAGUGUUACCGAGGUCUGGUAUUGCAGUGAUGAGGGCGACAGAACAAUCUUUACGGCAUCAGGGAGCACCAAGAUCACCUCAUGUGAUGGUGACGAUUGCCUUUCUCCGAUAACAUACCUCGCUCAAGGUGGCCUUACUCUGCCAGUCCCUCUCACCCCAGCACAGCCACUUCCACCAGCCGGCUACGAUGCACCGACCUGCGCAAAAGUCGGAGAGGAUCAGUGGGAUGUAUCCGGAGUCGAAUACAAGAACUACACAAAGAGUCAAUGCAAGCAGUGGUAUAUUCCAGAGGAAAUUUGUCGCGACAACAACGCCCAAGACUUUGUAUCUAAAGGCCAAUACCUUAGCCUCAACGUUACCAACAAUGCGAUAUCUCAUACAGUGGGGUGCGGUUUCACGCCUUCGUACAACAACUAUGACCUACCCUCCGUCCUGCGAUGCACUGGCGGCAACUUUAACGAAAUUACGCUUGAUGUUUCGUGGUCCGGAGCGGCACCUAAUUUCAACUUGAAGGUCGAGCAACUAUGGUACUGUCUCGAUAACCCAAAAGCAAACGUCAACCCGACCGUGAUCGUUGCAUCUGGCAGCUCUGCCAUACCCCUCAGAUGUACCUCGACUCCAGGCAUCACAGGCACCGCAGACGACAUCGUUACCAUCUGUACUGAUACCGCAUCUUCUCACUCGAUCGACGGAAAGCAGAUAGCGAAACAGAAGCUUCCACCAUACUCCCUUAUCACUGCGUAUCCGGUUCAUGGUGGCUGUACCUUCGACAGUAUCAUCAAUCCCACCUUCUACUACCGAGGGAUGUUCUUUGAGACCAACCCAUAUCCUCAAAACAAUCCGGAUAGCGCAACGCUGAAGAGGUUCACUGCUGGGUUGACUGGUCCGGGUUUCAAGGACUUCUUUUUCUACCAAAACAAGGCCAUCUCAGGCCAAGGUAUAAAGACUACGUACACCUGCGCCGUUUAUUACGAUGGCAAGCCGAAAGAUCAGCAUUAUAACUGCACAUACGCUCUCAAUCCACACACCAAGGUCAUUACCCAGGAGAAGACUUGGGAGUGUGGUGAUAAGAACCCUAAACAGCCGCUGUACUUUACCGGUUCUGGCGAAUUUGACUGGAGUGUUGACCCGUCUUCGGACUGUUAUAAUUCAGCGACUGCGUCAAACCCAUCGACAUACUGCUAUUGGUAUGACGACAUGGCGACGCUCCAGCCUGGUGUUCCUUAUGACAUCCCAAAGGUCCGAGCAAGCCUGGUAAAUGUCCUGCCGCCAGAUCUUGGACAGCCAGCCGUGAAGAGUGUGGCCACAAGUUCUGCCUCUGACACUCUGAGGGUCAACAAGGAGUGGAAGUUCGUCACCCAAGCUAAGUAAGGG